UUAUUAUUACACACACAAUCACACAAACAUACUAAAAAACACCUCAAACUGUGUGUAAUCUAAAAGAUUCUACACACACCACACCAACAAAACAUGACAAAAUGUUUCAGUUUCACAGCAUCAAGAAACUGGUGCUUACGAACCACUUUCUCAUCUUCCGGUCUCCGAUCAACCAUAACAGACCUCGGUGACGGCACCGUCAUCCACUGUUGGAUACCCAAAACCCACAAACCAACCCGACCCGACUUACUUUUACUCCAUGGUUUCGGAGCCAACGCCAUGUGGCAGUGGGGCCCAGAAAUCAUCCCAAGAUUUGUCAAACACUUUAAUGUCUAUGUUCCUGACUUGGUUUUUUUUGGUGACUCGUAUUCAACUCGCCCGGACCGGUCCGAGUCGUUCCAAGCCGAGUCUAUAUAUAAAGCCAUAAAAAAGCUGAUGAAUAAUAUGGUGAGGAAAAUGAGAGUUGUGGGGUUAAGUUAUGGGGGGUUUGUGGCAUAUAGAAUGGCGGUAGAAUAUAUAGAUAUAGUUGAGAGAGUUGUGAUAUGUUGUGCUGGUGUUUCUUUAGAAGAAAGAGAUUUAGAAAAUGGGCUUUUUCCGGUGAAAAGUUUGGAGGAAGCGGCGGAGAUGUUGCUGCCACAGACGCCGGAAAAGAUGAAGGAGUUGAUGAGGUUUACUUUUGUUAAGCCACCUGUUAAGACUCCUAAUUGUAUCCUUGUUGACUUCAUUGAUGAAAUGAACAAAGAAAAUGUAGCAGAGAAAAAGGAGCUGGUACAUGCUCUAGCUAAAGACCGUAAAUUUUCUGAACUUCCUAAAAUACCCCAGCCAACAUUGAUAAUCUGGGGCGAUAAGGAUCAAGUAUUUCCCAUGGAAUUGGGUUACAGAUUGAAAAGGCAUUUAGGCGAUAAUGCAGAUAUGGUGGUGUUAAAGGAUACAGGACAUGCUUAUAUUGCAGAAAAACCAAAGGAAUUCUACAAACACCUAAAAUCCUUUUUACUCCCUCAAGUCCCUCCUCUUCCUUCAUCAACCACACCCACUCUCACCCCUACCUCUACCCCUACCCCUACUACCCCUACAGACACCUUUUCUGUCAACACAACAUCCACAACCACCACUCCCACCAACACAAUUGCCACAACCAACCACCAUAAUCCUCUUCAUUUCCAGAAUAAUGGUUCAGUUACUGUUACUACAUGAUUCCACGGUAGAUCUAUGGCAAAUUGACUGGGAACAUGAGUAAAUAUGUACACAUUGGCAUCAAGAUUUACGGAAAGCUCAUGCCCAUUUAUCAAGUCACUCAAAGUUUUGAAGUUUUAACUGUCUAAAACAAUGUAAUUCUUGUAAUCCAACAAGCAAAGUAUUUAUUGUUACUUAUUACCAGGUGAAAAUUCAAUCGGUCUUACGAAGCUAUUGAGAUUAGACACUAUAAAUGGCAAAUAUCGGCGUACGAUGAGUCCAUGUACCAAAAAGGUUGAUAAAAGACGAUUUCCAAUGAUUUGGAAACGGAGUAUUUUUGCCCUAUGUUUAGUCGACUUGAAAUAUAUUGUUUCUCUAUUGGUCAGGAAUCUGUCAUUACAUGUAUGAUGUAUGUGUACGGCCUCCUAUAUUGGAUUAUUUAAAAAAGAUGUAUUAGAGCUUUAGUAAUAGAGUUAUUGUAAGAUUUUAUUGA